AUGUUUCAUCAUGAUUAUAGCUAUUCUGAGUCGAUACAGAUGAAAGAAAUGAAAGGAGGAUUUCCAUAUAAGUCAUGGGUUUCGCUAGACGUCGAUCCAGCAACGAAAGCAGCGGUCAUUCAAAUGGCAUCUGCUAAGGAUGUAUAUAACCCAAAUAUACCUUUUCUUCAAGAUGAAGUAGAUGCCAUGACACGUAAGAAGCGUCAAGCUAACUAUCCCAAAGAUUGCUCAUCUCGACAGGCGGAAUGCCAAAGCAUUUUAAAAGCUGUUAAAGAAAUGACACAUUCGAUGGUCAAUUCGUUGGAGGAAAUAAAGAAUAAACUCAUUACACAAAAUAUUCUGAGCGCAAAUGAUCCACGGGAUAUUAAUUAUCAAAAAAUUUUCGACUGCCUGAAGUGCAAAAAUAUAAUCGAGCACAAACAGGAAGACGUGGCAAACUACUACAAUCAGAGACAUAUUAGCGAUGUACUACCUUAUUUCGAUAAUCAAUACCAGUCUGAGGACGAUGGAGAGGAACAAAUUAAUAGCAAAGAGGAGCUGUACAAAGGUGACGAAAGAACCGAAAGGGGUAUUUCAAAACAGGUCAUGGAAUCAGUGACUAACAGUUCAAAAGUGUCAGGUGGCGCUAAAAUCACUGAAAUUCUUCACAAUACAACGAUUGUCGAAAAAGAUCAAGAAGGCGAGUCUCAUGUGACGCGCAACAUGGGUGGCGCGACACCGUUGGUAAUGCCGACAGCCGACACGACCAUGAUCUACAACCAACAAAAUCCAUUCGGGUCACCAGGCGACAAACUGAAUUAUCCCGAGGGUAUCAAUAACAACAACCCGAAUAUUCCACCCGCUCUUCAACCGUUCAUUUUGCCGACUGCCGAGACGACCAAGUACAGCCAGCAGAUUCAAAUCACACCACAGGCUAACAACCCAUCGUUCAUCCCCAUCUGCUUUUACAACAAUCCCCCAUCCGGCACCCCGCAGCAGCAGCAGCCCUUCUUCACACCGCAGUUCCUGCCUCAAGGUACGAACCAAGGACAAUCAAUAAAAUUCUUCCCCACCGGUCAGCCAAUCGUGCCUCCCAUUUUCCAUAGUAAUCUGCCAGCACACUUCCUUCAUUCUAAUCCAGUGCAAGGUGGACCACUGUUCUCACAGCAACAGUUUUCAAUGAAUAAUCAAGCGCCACUACGGAAUGCGCCUUACUACUGUACUUAUAUCCAAGCACCUAAUAUACCGCAACAGCCAGCUUUCCCUCCGAUGCCAACGACUAGUAGCUUUCAAAAUUCAUUUUUAUCGAGAUAUAGCGAUGACAAGUCAAAGUCUAAGGAGAAUGUUAUCAGUGAAAAACAAGUAAAUACAAGAACAACUGUCAAAAGUAUUUAUGACGAUUCGAAUGAGAAGGUUUCUUUAGAAGUGUGCAAUGGUUUCAUAUGUUCCGCACCUUAUAGAAAGUGCAUACCCUAUAAUCAGCGCUGUGACGGUAAAGUAGAUUGCCUUGGUGCAGAGGACGAAAUAGGCUGUCCAAUCCAAGAGGACACUUAUUAUUCGCGUUUCCUCGUCGACAAACAAUACGAAAAUAGACUAAUAAAUGUUGAGGAUAUGACGAAAACCAUCACCACUUACAUAGCGACGACUAUGAUGAAUCCGAUUAUUGACACGGUCACUGAUCGCAAUGAUAUUGAAACGACGACUCCUAAAAUGAUUGUUCCUGAACUGCCGAAACAUUUCAAAUGCAAGAGAAUCAUACAGACAGUGUCAAUGGAUAGACACUGUGAUGGCGUAUUCGACUGCGAGGACGCAUCGGAUGAAGAAGGUUGCACCUGCAAAGAUUAUUUGAUGCUGCAACGUCCAACAUCAGUAUGCGAUGGUCACGUCGAUUGCAAUGACGGAACCGACGAAGAAGACUGCAGCUUUUGCCGUGACGAUGAGUAUCACUGCCACAGAAGUGGCGGCUGUAUUCCAAGGGCAAAGUUUUGCAAUCAAGCCUACGACUGUAAACUCAACGAAGACGAGUUAGAUUGCUUUGUUCUGACGGACGGUAAACGCGUGAAUCUGGAUCUGGACAAGCGACCCCACUUGAACCUUGCGGGAGUGCUGACGCGUUACGAGAGAGGCGCCUGGCGACCCUCGUGCUUUAAAUCUGAGUAUCGAAGCGAGGCCAAACGUGCGAACGCUGCCCAAAGGGUCUGCGAAUAUCUCGGUUUCCGAAGUUUAGAUACCGUCAACGAGGUGAUUGUGCAAAAGUCAAAAUUAGAAGAAAGGUCGUCGACAAAAAAUUUUCCCAUCACCUACGAAUAUCCCCCGGCAUUCACACCCAUGUCAAAAGGAGACAAUAAUACUUGUUAUGGCCUCUAUAUCCGCUGCAAGCCUAUUCUCGAUAGUAAGGUGAACGUACAUCUUAAGAGGAAUCCAGAAACUGACGAGCGCAGUUACCUCUGGCCCUGGGAAGGCUCUGUCUUUGUUGACGGAAAGUAUCAGUGUCCAGCUGUACUUUUGGAAAACGAUCUACUUCUAGCCAGUUCAAAAUGCGCCGAGGAUAUCGACUUGCGUAAAAAUUACACCACAGCUGUGUUUGGAGUAGCUUGUCCAGAUAUGCCUUAUAGUGGUCCUUACCAGCAGAUAUCUCAAAUAGUGGACGUUAAACCUAUUAAGAAUUCCGAUGCGUCGUUAUUCCGUUUGAAGAACGAUAUAAACAUGACGCGCUACGUGCAGCCAAUUUACUUAGAAAAGAGAAUUUUUCCAGCAUCGACGAACGAUAGCUGCGUGGCACUCGGAGUCACUGACCGUGGCCAAAGAAAAAUGAAAUUCCUCCAGGCGCUAGUCGACAAUUGUCCUAAAUGUCACCGCUGUUAUACCGAUUACAACGAUGUAUCGUGUUCUAAAAUCAACGAGACAGUGAAUUGGAGUGGAAAUAUCGUAUGCUUGAGUGGAAACGGUGGCUGGUAUCCUACUGCUGUUUUUCAGGAUAUGGAUGAGAAUUGUGGAUUCAACAAUAAACAAACUCUGAAUAGCAUAGAUUAUAUCCAUGCUCACCUGUCUGAGGCCAUCGACGAACAGAAUUCAAACACAGUCGAAAUGGAAUGCAACGGCAUCAGAUGCGCUUUUGGUCAGUGCAUACCAUGGAAUCACGUCUGCGAUGGGAUUCGUGAUUGCAGAGAUGGAGCCGAUGAAGAUCACAAUACUUGUUCUGAAUACAGUAGAAAAUGCGAAGACAAUAUUUUUGAAUGCAAAUGUACCCAAGCUGAGCUUCGUUGUGGAAAUGGCAAGUGUGUUUCAAAAGAGAAAUUCUGCGACAGCAAGAUUGACUGUGCAGAUGGAUCCGAUGAGCCAGCAACUUGCACUUGUGCGGAAUACUUGAAAUUAACAAGGCCUAAAUUGGUGUGUGACAAUCGUCGACAUUGUUUGGACAAGUCUGACGAAGACUACCGACAUUGCUAUUGCAAAGAUAAUAGUUUCAAAUGCGAAAAGAGUGCUUACAAUGGUACCGUAGCGUGUGUCUCGCCUGAUGUAGUUUGUGACGGUCAUUCCGAUUGCCCACAAGGAGAAGACGAGACUGAACAUGCCUGUACCACUAUCAAAUCAGCAAGAUUUGAACCAAAUGGAAGAGGCGAACUCCAGCGAAGAUCUUACGGUGUGUGGCAGUCACUUUGUCUACCCGAACCCACAAAGUCACAAACCGAAGCGCAAGCCGCAUGUCGCAAGAUAGGCUACAGCACUGGCUUAGUCGUGAGCAACUCCCAAACUGCAGAUUCGGUUUACGUGCCGCGUAAUGACUUCUACAUGUUCCAACUUAACAAUCACACCUGGAUAACCAUGCGAGAGGAUGUAUCUUUUGGAUUCUGGAAACGGAAAGUUCCAUGGAUGGCUAUACUUACAUCGGUGCCAAUAUGGUCUUUGAUGAUUGUUCACUGUGGAAAUAAUUGGGGGUUUUAUACAAUGCUCACAGAAAUGCCUACUUACAUGAAAUCAAUACUUGGUUUCGACGUUCAAAGAAGUGGUGCGAUAUCAGCACUACCUUAUUUAGCCAUGUGGAUUUUAGGAUUUCCAAUCAGUUGGUUAUCCGAUUUUGCAUUAAAGAAAGGUGCCACCGUACAGCAUGUCCGCAAAAUAAGUAAUACAAUAGGACUUUGGGUGCCAGCUUUAGCAAUGACUAUCUUAUGUUUAAUAAAAACUCAUGAUAGAGAGUUACUUAUUCUGGUACUGGUUAUGGCCGUUGGAUUCAACAGUGGAACGAGUAGUGGCUUCCAAAUCAACCAUAUAGAUCUCAGUCCUGAUUUUGCCGGUACAUUAAUGUCCAUUACCAACAGCGUUGCGAAUUUAUUUGGUAUUUUGGCACCGUUGACUUGCGGAGUCAUUGUGACCGAUUCGACAAAUGUCAAACAAUGGCACACCAUAUUUUACAUUUCAGCACUGAUUUACUUUCUGUCAAAUCUCAACUUUAUUAUUUUCGGCAAGGCCGAAAUUCAACCGUGGAGUCAACCAGAAGUUUCUAGCAAUUCAACACCUCGACGUCCUAACAGAGUAUCUAGAGUGUCUUCAAUUUACGAUCCAACAUCAGUUGCCGUUGUUGAAGAUUUAGAAGAAGUUCAAAUUACUAUUAAUUCCAGAUUAUCAAAUUGA